AUUCGUUGGCUCCACACAGCUGAGAAAUCAUAAUUGGAGGGGAGAAACGUUAAUUAAUGUUGAGUCGAUCUUCAAAUUGUCCUGAAUUCAGACUGUAUUUCUUUUUGUCUUUCACCUUCAGUGAUUAAUUUUUUUUCAUCAAAGAUUCUGUAAUACCAAGGUCUUGUUUGCCUUUUCUGUUUAUUUUGCUCUCAAUGCAUCUUUAUGUAAAACACGCCGCCCUUAUCAAUAGCUGUUAUCCCGAAAAGGAGGGCGAGAAAGGACCACGAUCGUCCGAAUUGAGCUACCUCAACUUUUAUGCUAGCUCUCGACCGGUGAAGUUAACAAAAGUGGGCAGCUUCCUGGAGAAGAAAGUCGAGCGUGAUAUCGCAAAGAAUCGAAAGCAAAACAACCAUGUUUCCCUUCACAUUGUAAAAUCCCUUAUCCAGUCUUGCCACCGAGAUCUCAAUCUGUUUUCAAAAUAUGUUGUCCGAAUUCUUAACAUGAUGCUCGAUACCCGUGACAUUGAUCUGAUUGAUCUCACCUGUGAUAUUUUCGUGGUUUUCGGUAGUUACCAUGAUGGAUCGAAUUUGGGUAUGGAUGCCGAAUUCACUGCGGAUUUUGAAACUUUGCUGAAGAAGUUUGCGGGAUUUUGCGACGAGAAAGACGGCCGUGUGGGUAUCCAGAUGCAAUAUACGGGUCAUAGAGCUCUUCAAGCUGCGGUUACCUCGUCAGCUUUACAAGCAUCCAAUUUCAAGGUACAACUAAACACCAUUUUACCGUCGCUUAUGGUUACUUUGGCUGCUUCAAAAAAGAUGAGCAACUUGCUUGCGCAAAGCAAAGAACAUGUUGAUAUCCGAGCUUCUGCCCUCGAUAACGAAAGCGUAGAUGAGCAUACUGUCGAUUUGUUAGCAGCUCAGACGAUGACGAUUCUUUUCAACAAGUUGAACGGUGCAGCUGUGCGAUUAGCAUUAGCUCCUCUGUUUAGUUUUUUGGAUGCUAAAGACAAGUGGUGGCCGCCAAACUUUGCAGUGUCAGUUAUGGAGCUCGUUUUGGAAUCGUUACAGCCACAAUAUCGAUAUCUCCUGGUGUCAGAAAUCUUACAACAGGUGGAUAAUGCCAACUCUGUGCAUCAUACCUAUUUGACUCCAAAGCAUGCUUCACUGGUAUCCAUCCUGAAUACAAUAUUAAAUGCGAAUAUACCAUUGGUGGGUAUUUCAGUUCUUGAAGUAUUGAAUUCUCUUUUUACCCACUUGAUCAAAUCGCUUCAACAUUGCGAUUUCCGAGAAACAUGCGAUUCAAGCGACACCCUUACAGCUACAUAUGAAUAUGCUAUUCACCAAGGCCUCACUCACAGCAUUGGAGGACUGGCAACACAAACGUAUUAUCAAAAUCAACCGAAUGAUAUCUCUGGAUAUAUCAUUGCGAAGUUGCGUGCAGGCACAACACUAAAAGAUGUCGAUGGUUUACCAAUCGCAGAAUAUCGAAGAGUGGCAUUGAAGUGCCUGGGAUUACUGGCUCAACCUAGAAAGGAAACGAACAUCGAGGAAAAUACGGAUGAGACACAUACUGCACAGGGUACCAUUAGUCUUGAAGCGUGGGUUCCAGCGCUCGGCCUGUUACUUGAUAACCAUCCUGAAACGCGAAUUGAGUUUGCUGUUAUUUUGACGAAUUAUUUGGAAUCAACAACGGAAGCAGAGUCUGCCAUGGAGCCAUUUCCUAAGCAUCACUUGAACCAGCACGGCGAUAUCCUGUUUGUGAACUCACUACAUACCGUCAUUGUCCAAUGGAUCCAACUUGCGGAUUUGAAAGUGGGUGACGCAAAAGCCGUUUACGAGUUGUUGUGUGCUUUGACGAGACGAUUCGGAGCUGACGGCACUAUCAAGAGCUUCCCCGUCAUUUUCAAGCUCCAAGGCCUUGUAAAAGACGGAACCAUCAAUCAAACAGCAAGACAACGUACCGUGGCUGCUAUCACGACUGAAUGGAUGCUUAUGAUGGCCGAACACUAUGCUGUUGAUCGACUUUACCGAUACAUCGAAUCAUUGAAGGAACAACGCAUUAACGGCAAAGAGUAUUCGUCUCUAUUUUUGAAGGAUAUCAACACGGACAAUGUCGGUGAUUUUGAACAGUUAGAGCCCGAUAAUACUACCCCCGUCGACAAGUUUAUGGAUCGUCAUGUUGUUGUGGAGAUCAUUUCUAAGGAUAGUCCACUACGGGAUGAAGAGGAUACACAUGGGCUGGACCUUGAGAGCAAACUAUAUAUUGAAUGGGGAUUUGAGCCUCUUGUACAUCAGGAACGUACAUUCCGAAUCCGCACCUCACGUAAUCUUGAUGAUUUGAAGCCAAAGCUGGCGACGCCCUGGACUGGUACAGACUUCAAGCACACUCAGCAACAUAAGAAACAAACGAUCAAUGUGGAAAAUUUGAAAGAAGCAUUAUCCAUACAACCGUUGAUGAAUGACGUCGAGGAACCAGAAGCCGAUUCCUUGGAGAUCCUGAAAAAGAAUGAUAGCUUGGAGAAAAGCAACAAAGGAACGCGUGCGGAUAUGUCCACUUUGCUGUCAUCUCUAAACCUUGGAUCCAGUAGCGAAAGUGCCUCCUCGCUCGUCAACCCGCCCUAUAAGAGCUGAUAAUUGUAAAGUGCAUUUAGCAUCAUUGCAAUAAAAAGCUUCUUUUCGAUCGUAA